UAUCUGUUUUGGUAGGUUUUGACCAAUCAAAAUAUACCACGUUGACCUUGAUCAUCUGACCAUUAGGAAAAGUACCAAAGUAGAAUAACAUAUGUGUCUAUCAAUGAUUGCCUAAUACCCUUUCUUCUAUUCUUUAUUGAUUUGUUGGUUAAUAUACACCCACAUGAAUUCCUUCACCUAAGCCGUGUUGUUUUUUCGAAUAUUUCAACUUAAAUAUAAUUGCAAUAUAGAUCGAGAUUCAUGCAGUAAUCUAGAAUGACGCGUCAUAUCCAGUUUUUGUUCAUUAUCUACGUUUUUAUAUUCUAUUAUGUUGAAGAAACUGAGUGUCUGCGACUACCAGAGUUAUGCACAACUCUUACAGCCAAUUUACAGAGCAAAAUAGGCAUGGAUGGAAAUGGAAAGAUGAUGCCAUCAUCAUCAUCACAAGCAUCUACAUUAUCAUCAUCUCCAUCAAACCAACUACAAAGUCAUCAUCAACAUGAUACAAUGAUGAAGAAUGAUAAUGGAUUUGAAUUACGUCUACGUCGAGUAGAUGAUGGUGUUAUGGUUGAUGAAUGGUAUGAAAGUGGAAGAAAAUAUUAUAUUACACUGACAAAUCGAUUUUAUGCAAUAGGCUUUCGAGAUGCAUUAAUGUGGAUUGAACCUGGUAUGAAUAAAGAGAAAAAAAUGAUGAUGAUGAUGAUGUCAAUGAAAAUGGACUCAUCAACUCUUAUCGAUGAUAAAUCAUUUCUUGGACAACAAAACACAAAUAUAUUAACAGAUCAAAAGGAGAAUUGUUCGUUCAGAGAUUUAGGUGAAUGGAUUCAUUUAUCUAAAAGCGAUUUAAAUAAACCUGGUAUAUCAGAUCUACGUUCACCAAUGACAUCAGUCACACAGACAAGAUUUGGAUGUGAUGGUUGA